AUGGCUGGUGGGGCGGGCAAGAGGGUGGCUGCCGUGCUGGGGGUCGUCUGCUUGGCCGCCGUCGGGGGGCUGGUGCUCCUCUGCCUGCCGGCCAGGGACCUCCGCGAGGAGCCUGCCUUCAAGUAUGGAAUUGUUCUGGAUGCCGGAUCUUCCCACACUGCCAUGUUUGUGUAUAAAUGGCCAGCAGGCAAGGAGAACAAUACGGGGAUUGUCAGUGAGCACAGCAUGUGUGAUGUGGAAGGUGGCGGAAUCUCCAGCUACGCCGCAGACCCUCCAGGUGCCGGAAGGAGCUUGAAAGCCUGUCUUAACCAGGCAGUGAAGGACGUCCCAAAGGAGAGGCACGCGGUCACCCCGCUUUAUCUCGGGGCCACGGCUGGCAUGCGGCUGCUGAACCUCACCGACCCCCAGGCUUCAGACAGUGUCCUUGGAGCUGUGGCCUCUACCCUUAAGGAGUUCCCCUUUGACUUCCGAGGAGCAAAAAUACUAUCCGGAGAGGAUGAGGGUGUGUUUGGCUGGGUCACGACCAACUAUCUCUUGGAGAACUUCAUUAAGUAUGGCUGGAUUGGCCAGUGGGUCCGCCCGAAGAAAAAGACAUUGGGAGCCAUGGACCUGGGGGGUGCCUCCACCCAGAUCACCUUUGAAACGCAGGAGGUGAUUGAGAGUCCCCUCAGCGCAAUGACGCUGCAGCUGUAUGGUCAGACAUACAAAGUCUACACGCACAGUUUUCUCUGCUAUGGCAGGGAUCAGGUCCUGAAGAGGCUUCUGUCCAAGGUGCUGAAGGAGGAAAGGUUUGCCCUGAAAGUAGACAACCCUUGCUGGCCAAGAGAUUACAAGAAGAAUUUCACGAUAGAGACCAUCUAUGACUCCCCGUGCACCUCUGCCGAAAAGCCCACCAACUACUUCCCCAAGGCCAAUGUGAACAUGAGGGGCUCUGGAGACCCCGCCCUGUGCCGCCAGCGCAUGGAGAGCCUCUUCAGAUUCACCAGCUGCACCUACUCGCGCUGUUCCUUUGACGGCAUCUUCCAGCCCAGCGUCACAGGAAACUUCAUUGCCUUCUCUGCCUUUUUCUACACGGUGGAUUUCAUGCAGUCUGUGAUGAAGAGACGCAUUGACAAGCCAGGUGACCUUGAGGAUGCGGUGGUUGAAAUCUGUAACUCGUCUUGGUCUGAGCUGCUUCAGAAAGCCCCAGACCUGGAGAAGAGGCUGCCCGACUACUGUCCAACGGCCGUCUUUAUCCAGCUUUUGAUCAUGGAAGGCUAUCGGUUUGAUGAGCUCACAUUCCCCAACAUUGCCUUCCAGAAGAAGGCUGGAGACACAUCCAUCGGCUGGGCCCUGGGCUACAUGCUGAACCUUACCAACAUGAUCCCAGCUGAAGAGACCAGCUUCUGGAAGGGGACGACGUACAGCUCUUGGGUGGGCCUCAUCCUGCUUUUCGUCGCCAUCAUCCUGGUCAUUCUGGGGACCAUGUUCUGCCUGCUGCGAUCCUCCAAGGGGCGUGCUACGAUCUAAGAUCAGCUA